AUGGAAUUCUUUGAAUGGAAAGAAGAUAAUUUAAUAAUUGAUGAUGAAACGAAAAAAAGAUUAAAUGAAAGUAUUGUAAAAUACCAAGAUGUAUCAGACAUAAGUCAUCUUUUGAAAAGUUUUCGUUCCUUAAAAUUUGAUAAUUUAAAUUAUCAUUCAGACAAGUGUAUUUUGGCAAGAGAAUUUGCACUAAUCUACAUACUGACAUAUAAAAAACACAUAGAAUCAUUGAAGGAUGAAAAUAUACAACUAAUUAUAAGAACUAUAAAAAGAUCCGUAAUGAGUGUUAAUAACUUAAUAAGUAACAUAACAGAACAAAUAUUAAAAUGCUUUAGUAUUUUAAGAAAUUUAUACAAUGAUAUUUUAAAAUUAGAUAAUGUAUAUUUAUCGGAUUAUUGCUUAUUUUCAAUAAUAGAUGGUAUUCUGGGAAUAUUAAAUGGUGAAAAGGCUAAUCAGUCGAAUGCUUCCAUAUGGGGUAUUGCAGGAUUUUUAUCCCUUAUUAUUUCAAAUUAUAAAAAGGCAUAUUUUAUUUAUAAAGGUAUCAUAGCUUACAAGUGUAUGUUCACAAUUCCGCUUUUUUUAGAAGAAUCAGAAGAUUUAAAAAAAAUGGCUAAGGAAGAUUUAUAUAAUAUCAUACUUAAGGAAAAUGAUGAAAAUGUUUAUUCCAAUUUUUCACGUUUUGAAGAAUUUACAAAAUUACAUCUUUCCAUUUUUAUAAUUUUAAAUGAUACCAGAGAAGUGUGGAGUUACAUAUCGGAGUUGCUAAAUAGUGCUUUUAGAAGAAAAAAGUACGUUUACUUUUGCCUAAUUUACGCAGCUCUUGAUGUUUCCUCGUACUAUUGUAAAAUAACAUUUACUAGUCAUUUCGAGAAUUUAUUAUUCUUACUUAAAACAAAACUAAUGCCUCUAUUAGAAGGAGAAUUAAAAAAGAACCCCCCUCCACCCAAUGAAGAAAAAAUAAUAGAAUAUUAUAUUAAAAAGUUACAUGUGGAGCAUUUGGAUAAUAUUUCAAAUUCAACAUUACCAGAAGGGGUAGUUGUCUUGCCCGACGAGAAAUUGUUGUACAUAGGGUUGGGCAUAUAA